AUGGAUUCUGCAAGCUCUAAACACAACGGUUUAAUGGAGGACCAAAAGGUACCAUCUCAUGAAUUAUUAUCAAACGCAUCGAUAAAGUUGAACUCCAAAAGUCAAUCCCAUAUUUCAAGUAAUGUAAGUGCCACAAAAAAUGAAAAUGAUACUGAAGAUGCUCUUCUUACACAAAAAAAAACGGAAACACUAGAAACAAGCCAUGGAAGUUUUGAUAUAAAUGAAGACAAAGAAAUUAGCUACAAAAGGUUCAUACAAAAUGCUCGUGAUGAAUAUUCUGUUCAACAAAUGGAGAAAUUUUUAAAGCAUGGAAUUGCAGAUAAUGGGAUGAGAAUGAUGACAACAGACACUAGCUCAUGGUUAUAUGAUUAUUAUAAAACAACCAAAACCCCUGUUCCUUGUUGUGUAAAAGAGCUUACUCCAAACACGACAAUUGAUUAUUAUUACUAUACUACUCCAUUUCACACACAAAUAGGAGAUAUUAAUUUAACUAUGAUGCAUAGUCAGGUUAACUUUGAGGAUGGUACAUGCACACCUGCUGACCGGAUCUUCAAAAUGCAUAAAAUUACCCCUGAAAUGACUAAACAGGCUAUGAUAAAUUCUUUAAAGUAUAAAUAUGAGUAUAUAAAUUAG